AGGCAAAGAUGACACGGCAAUUUUUGGUAGCCUUUUUCCUGGCUUUCGUCCUGCAGAACGGGACCUGCAACGGAAUCAAGUGGUUAGCCUUGUUCAAGACUCCCUCGGUUCUAGCCCUGAACCAGACGCAGCACUGCAAGCAGCUGGAAGGGCUGGUGGUUUCGCAAGUGCAGCUGUGCCGGAGCAACCUGGAGCUGAUGCAAACCAUCAUCCAGGCAGCGCGGGAGGUGAUCAAGACAUGCCGCAAGACCUUCUCCGACAUGCGGUGGAAUUGCUCCUCCAUCGAGCUGGCACCCAACUACCUCCUGGAUUUGGAGAGAGGCACGAGGGAGUCGGCCUUUGUGUACGCCCUCUCCGCCGCAGCCAUCAGCCACACCAUCGCCAGAGCCUGCACCACCGGGGACCUCCCUGGCUGCUCCUGUGGUCCCAUCCCAGGUGAGACACCUGGACCUGGGUAUCGCUGGGGAGGAUGUGCUGACAACCUCAACUAUGGUCUUGUCAUGGGGUCCAAAUUUUCAGAUGCUCCCAUGAAGAUGAAAAAAUCAGGAUCACAAGCCAAUAAGCUGAUGCAUCUGCACAACAGUGAAGUAGGGAGACAGGCCCUGAAAGCUUCUCUGGAGAUGAAAUGCAAAUGCCACGGAGUAUCUGGUUCCUGCUCGAUCAAGACCUGCUGGAGGGGGCUUCAGGAACUGAGAGACAUUGCCCUGGAUUUAAAAAACAAAUACCUUUCAGCUACUAAGGUGGUGCAUCGGCCGAUGGGCACCCGCAAGCAUCUAGUCCCCAAGGAUCUUGACAUCCGCCCCGUAAAGGAAACAGAAUUGGUUUACUUGCAAAGCUCGCCUGAUUUCUGCAUGAAGAACGAGAAAGUGGGAUCGCACGGGACUCAGGACAGGCAAUGCAACAAGACCUCCAACGGCAGCGACAGCUGUGACCUCAUGUGCUGCGGCCGUGGCUACAACCCCUAUAUGGACAAGGUGGUGGAGCGCUGCCACUGCAAGUACCACUGGUGCUGCUACGUCACCUGCAAAAAGUGCGAGAGGACUGUCGAGAGAUACGUGUGCAAGUGAGGUGUCCCCCCCCCCCUUGCGUCACUCGGC